GUUUUAUAUUUUCCUAUUGAUUUUCAAUUGUUCAGUCUUUUCUAUUUCUGGGUUUAGAUUCUUAAAUUCUUUCCUAUUAUCUUCAAUUAAUUUCUUUUUUAAUUCUUCCUUUCUAUUUGUUAUCUGAUUUGUUUUCCUGUGAAAGAUUAGCUGAAAUUCUACAAGUUUCGAUCUUAUCUUGAUCGAGGCUGCGAAUAUCAAGAUGGUGUAUGAAAUAACUGAGCAACAAAAGGUUGGCUUGGGUCUUAUUGGCUUCGGUAUCUCCUUCGCAUUUCUAGGUGUAUCUCUCUUCUUUGACCGGGGUCUGCUUGCUUUAGGAAAUAUUUUGUGGUUAGCAGGGGUCGUAAUAUUGAUCGGUUGGUAUUCUACUUUGCAGCUUUUCAGAAAAAACUACAAGGGUACUGCUUGUUUUAUUCUGGGGCUCUUUUUCUUAUUCGUGCGUUGGCCAAUAGUUGGUAUAAUCUUGGAAAUAUAUGGUUGCUUUGUGGUUUUCAGUGGCUUUUGGCCUUCGGUCAGUGGGUUCCUCUGUCACAUUCCGGUUGUUGGAUGGGUUAUACAGUAUCCGGUCAUGUUCCUUGAUCGGUUGAGAAGGGGUUAGGAUCAUCCGAAUACAGGAUGAAGUAUGCGAUGUUGAUCUUAUCUAAGGUACUGUUAGUUCUAUAGUUCAGUGUGGCUUACAUUUAGUUUCAAAAGCUUAAGAUGUUUGUAAAUGAAGACAUGGAAAACCUCCCUCUUGAAGGGAAACUAGGAAUCUCUGAAUUUUCAAUUUUUAAUGAUCAAAGCUUUUUGUUGACACCUACAAA